AUGAGCACAGCCACGGCCAGCUCGCGCGCCAAUCCCGCCCCCGGCAACCUUAAGGAGCGUAUCGCCGCCCUUCAGCAACGCUCGACCAGCCCGCCAGCGCAGCCGUCCUCGCCUCCGCUCAACGGCCUCGCACCGAAGUCGCCCACGGGCUCCAAUGUUCCCGCGAGCCCGAGCACGAACAGCCUCCGCGACAAGAUCGCGCGUUUUGAGCAACGUGGGGGCACACCCGUACCGAGGGGCAGGUUCGGUAUGGGUGUGCCGCCGGUCGCGCCCAGCGGAGCGAGCCAGAAGAAGGGCAUGCUCUACGGGAACAGGGUCGAGGGCCUCGGGCGGCCACAUCAUAUCCCAACGCUACAACGUAACGUUUCCAGCGCUGGCAAGGUACAAAAGUCGUCGGUAAUGGAGAGCAAGAGGCGAGUCGCGAGCGAGUCGGCUUUGACGUCGCCCGUUAUCGCGGCGGAGGGCACGCAGGAAGUGACUCCAGGAGCACUCGCGGGCGAACCCAUGCCUGCUGUGCUUGAAAGCCCCUCCCCAUCGAUCCCAGUGGGCGCACCCGAAGAGGCAGGUGCAGUCCCGGCUUUGCAAGUGCUUGUGGACUCCGCCGCGACCGAGGUCGGAGCCCCAUCCGCGCCGUCUGACGACCCGCCCUCACCAGCGUCGACUACAACUAUCCAAGCUACUGCCUUGCUGGAGCCGGUAUCGCUGCCUCCUGCGCACUCGGACCCCGGCGACGCAACUGCCCCAGUCCCUAACACUGCGAGUCCUCUAGAGCAGGUGGUACCCGAGCCCGACGCCGAGCUAUCAACGAUUUCGAGUCCCACCUCCGCGGAACCCGCUCUUGCUCUAGUACAGGCUAUGCCAGUUCAGGGCGAUUCUGCACCUCCCACACAGUCGUCCCCGCGGAAGACUCCAUCUCCAGUGCAUUCGCCCCGCGAGAGUCGUCCACCCAACCUUCCCAUGCCCGCUCCUUCGGUCCCCACGCCCUCCACCGCGGCCAGCCUACCCUCUACUCCUGGCACCGCCGGCUCCACCGCCUCCGACAUGUCGACCGAAUCCGACAUUUCGGACGCGGAGAUCAUUACCCAGCCCCAGCUCUUGCGCAUUUCCCCCAAGCCCAGCAGGGCCACUUUGGUCUCCACCCCGAUAUCGAGAAAGAAUUCCGCAUCCGCCGGCGAUUUCGUGCAAGAUGAGUUCAUCGCGAGCCCCGCAUCGACAACCUCGCAAACGCCGACCCCAAUCGCGACAGAGCCCGGCGCCCAGGCAUCCGUGGCCGCUGCUCCUCCUCCUGAAAAAGAAAAACCUGCCUCCGCGCCUGCUGCCGCCGCCGCUCCGGUUCAGCCCCGCAAGAGCUCCUUCACCGCCGUAGUUCACCGCAAAGAGACUGUCAAGGUUCCCGCGCCCUCGACGCCUGCCCGAUCCCGCACCUACGGGCCCUCGUCGUCUUCGCAGGUGGUCUAUGCUCCUACCCAAUCCACCGCCGAGCCUCCUAGUCCAUCCCCGGGAGGCGAUCUUGCCGAUUUGCUUGCGGAUGCUGCUUUCCUCGAGCAUCAGUUGGAGCUCGGCGGCUACUUCAGCCCGCGCAAGGACGUCUUCUCUAGCUCGGCUGGGCUGGCGGGGACACUCGGCGCCUCGGCCGCAGAUACGAACUCGGACGCUAAGGCGCACAAUCGAAACCUGUCUGUGCAAACCAUCAAGGCCGACCCGCCAAGCCAAAGCGACAAAGCGAAGGACAAGGCGCCGAAGGACAAGCUCGGCUCGCUUUCCUCCAGCGCGAUGGAAACCCCGCCGCCGACGCCUCCACCCAAGAGCCCCGACUCGCGCCUCUUCUCCAGCCUGCGCUCGCUGCGCAAGCGUGCGUCGACCGCGUACCCGCGAGACAGCAUCGCUUCGGAGCUUUCCACGAGCACGACGGACGAAUCGGCGGCACUCCAGACGCCCAACUCAUACGAUGAACUGGGUGUACUGGUCACGCCUCCGCAGCAAGGGCACGGGAGCCUGGCAAGCGGCCGGCCAUCAUCAGUGUUUAAGGACGAUGCGAGCGUUGCAAGCUCCCGCUGGAGCUUGAAGAGCAGUACGUCCUCCCCACGGAAAGGCAUUGGGAGGGCGACGAGCUUCGCGGGCAAGAUGUUCGGCAAGUCCAAGAGCCGGACGCCGUCGAUCCGGACCAUGGAUUCUCGCGACGAGCUACGACCUCGCGCCUCAUCACCCGCCCCUUCUCUCAGGCUUCUGGACCUCGACAUUUCCUCUUCUUCGCUGUCCCCGGUCGCCGAUGGCGAACACGCAUCUCGGCGCGAGUCCUGGAUGUCAUCUACGACCUCCUCCCUCUCCUCGCCCGGCUUCGACCAGGAGCUGUUUGAUGCCUUCCCGUCCGUACCCAGCACCGCGACCUCCAGCGGCACCCAGGGCCGCGGCACGCUUGCACUCGACACCAGCAACCUACCUGCGUCCAAAUAUGGCCAGACAGAUGGCGGCACGACGUUGCUCACGCCGCCGUCGCGUUCGUCCUCGCUAAUGGGCCUCGGCUUCCAUCAGAAGCAUGCUACCUCUCCGUCCUAG